GAGCUGUGAGCAGUUCUCAGAGGUUUGGAUGCACUCGAGACACCGUUCUCAGCUCCUCGGCUCGGUUUUGAUCAUGGCAUAAUCAUCUGACUUCUCUCCUAAUCUUCAUCACUACGGGUGCAGAGGGACUGUAGAGAAUGGAUCAUCAUACUUCAGGCCAUCACAGUCAGUCCAGCCAUGCCUCCAGCUUCCACUGGCUGUCAUUUGCGUACCAGGGCCUGACAGAAAUCCCUUAUGAAACUAUACUCACACAGACAGACACUCUGGAGGUGCUGGACCUGAGCUACAAUCUGCUGGAUGAGAACCCGGUUCUGCUCGGUCAGCUGGAGAAGCUCAGCACUCUGAUUCUGGACUGCAACAAGUACACAUCUCACGUAAAGUUCCCCUACAUGCCCAGCGUGACCACAGUGUGCAUCAACAAGAACAAAAUCAACAAUCUGCCCGUGUUCGUGGAAGAAAUACGACGCAAGUUCCCCAACAUCAAGAUCCUCAGUAUGAUGAACAACGAGGCAGCACCAAGCUACUUCAAUGGAGGAAGCCUGACCCAGUACAAAGACUACAGACAGUACGUCAUCAGUCAGAUCCCAGGUCUGGAGAUUCUGGAUGACACAGAGGUCCUGGAGAAGGAGAGAGCCCAGGCUCGGAAAACCUACAGGCUGCAGCAGAGCAGCCACGGCAGCAGGAAGAGGAAGGAGGACUCCUCCAGGAAACACACACACAUGCAGAAAAAGUCUAAUACGAUCAUAAGACAAUAGCACAGACUUGUAGAUUUAUGAUCCCUUCACUAAGAGUCACAGCUUGAGUGUAACACUGACAACCCUAUCAUACACUGUACACUGUGAGCUCUGUAGCUGCUUGUAGUCACAGCCACACAAUGUUUACACUCUAUAUUCAGAUGUAAAAGCCAUGUUUAAUAAAGUUAUCAAAUUAAAAAUUGAAAUA